CGUGUUUAUCACCAAGUGACUAUCUCAGAUGUGAAUUCUGAUCUCCAAAUGAGAUUACUGCCGGGUGAAAGCGGAGAAUUUUGCCUUCGCGCAACUGCCGAGAACUAACAUAUUCUGGGUUACGUUGGUAGCAGCCUGGAGGCUCCCUUUACCUACCAGGCAACAAGUGACACUGGUGCCUCAGAACAGACGGGCAUACCCGCCAGCCGCGAUUGACCAUAAAGGUCCAACAUCAGUCCCCUUGUCUUCAGGGGACCUGGUUGUUGUGCUCACAGUAAUAUCAUUCUACCCAUUUUAAGCAAGCAAGCAAUACAUCCAGAAAGGUUAGGGGCUACGUGCCUGCUUACUACUUGCUCUCCUCGCCCUCAAAGCAACGCCUUGAUCUUGGUGAUCAUCAUGCUUCUAACUCUUCCUACGGAGCUCAUACAAUGGGUUCUUCGAUGCUGCUCCACUCCGACUUUUCUACAAGCGGCUUUUUCGUGUCGUGCCUUGUAUGAGAUCGCGACUAGUUGUCGAGAGGUCCUUGUGCACCAUCUACGAAGGACCCCGGGAGUUCUACCCCCCGACCUCCGCUCUUUGAAUUCUAAAGACCUAUUUCGGCUGCUAUUAAGACAUGCGUUUCAGCAACUGUACGGUGCGCAAUUUCAAGCAGAGUGUGUCACUUUCGAUCUCGGAAAACCCCCACUCGAUGUAAAAGCAUCCGUGUUGGCAUCGAGGGGAAUUCCGAUGCUCGCACUCGUCUUUCGGGAACAAGAAAGCAUCCAUCUAUUUAAGGUUUCAGGGGCGAGCCUCCGACCCCAUGCCCAUUUGGAGCUCCAGUGGUGUCGACCAGGCGCAGUGGAGAUUCUCAAAACAGCAUGUGAUGGUGAUGAUACGCUAUAUAUACUCCAUCGGUUUAAGCCCUCGAUAGACGACAGCGACGAGUAUGCGAGGAAUCCGUUUGUGAGACACGCCAUGCAGCUUGAGACUGAUGGGACACUCUACCUAUCUCGAUAUUCAUUACGAUCUCCCAAUGGUCCUGUCCGCAUUUGUGCUUUCCCUGAUCAUGCCGACUAUGAGCCCUUGGCUCUGGCAGCUGCGCGUGGCGGCAUCUUUGCAAUUUCCUGGCAGCAUACUCGAGACACCACUGACUCGGAGGUGACUUUAUAUAUCAGUUCUUCGGAAUCUAAUUGUGAUAUGAGGCAGGGAGUGAUCGAAACUAGCUAUAAUUCUUGCGUCCUCCAUAACAGCAAAAGGCAGUGGUUUGAUGGCGAUCGGGGCUUACAAGGCAGACUCGCUCGCGGUCUUUUUCACGACCACAGUCCCGUAGUAGGCCUUCGGUUUAACGAUAAAUCCAGCCAACUGCUUUACUAUUACCGCGCCCAGACGUUGUAUGGCUCAUUCCAAAGAAUUGACAUGUCUUCUUUCCCUAUACAACCUACACUAUAUGAGAACACUUGCCCUGUGCAGUUUACAGACUCCCUUAGCCUUCUUUUCUCGAUCGACGUUCCUUUUUUCGGAACUCAUGAAACACAGGUCCUGGAUGGAUUCGCUCGUUGUCAAUGGAAAUAUCUUGCUUUUGGCAUAGCCACACAUCGCGAAGAGAAAUGGACCGUUGCGUGCUUGCUGAAAUCCGAAACAUUCUGUCGUGCUCAGAAUUGCCAGCAUGUCCUCCAACUUGAGCGCGGGCGGCGGCUGCCUGACUGGACAGUUGUUGCACGACUCUGGGGAUUUCAGCAUUCGACCAACUCCCUUGGCUGCAUAGUCGCGGCUUCAAGCCAAGGGACAAGGCUCGCCGUUGCCAACUGGAAAAAACUUUACGUUUGGGCCCUUGAGCCGGGUGUGCUGAUUGAAGAGAAUGGAACCGGGUUCUACCCCCUUGUAUCACAAUCAGCAAACUCCAGAAUGAUUGAAUUACGACCCAUAGUCCUGUCCUUGGAAGCAGUCUGCUUCCAAUUGCGUUUCGCUGAGGAGGAGAACGGACUGAUAGCGAUCACAGACAGAGGCGUGAUGCACUGGGAUUUAAGUCCGAGGGGGAGAGGACAACGACUGGUUGAGUCGAUUACUUGCUAGUUGAGUACCGAGAGCAAUGCUUUCGGGUAACACUCUUUCGAAAAAACAAAGAUCUAUUGAUGAACAUGUAUCGAUGAAUCAACGUGGGAAUGGCUUCGGAUUCUUAUGCGGUGCAAAUAUCACUCGCACAUUCUUCGUCCAUGUAACCACUGUAAGUGGAGC